UCACAGACCACGCCUCCACGCCGAGCGCAUCACGGAACCGCCAGACCGGGCAACCGCACCGAAGCAACUGCGCUUUUGGGCUCUUUGCGGCGCCGAACGCGUAGCCUUGUAGGAGGGGGCAGCGGCGGCGUGUUAAGACGUGGCCGAGGUCAUCGACUGGCCCGCCGCGCUGGUCGCUCCCUCUCUCUGCCGGAUCCUCCACCCGCCCCCCCCCCCCCCCCAAGUCCACCGCUUCCGCCACACGCCGCUUCUCUCUCUGUCCAGUGGAGUGGUGAUCCGUCCGGAGUUGAGUGCGGUUUCUUCGUUUGCUGGACAAGAAAUUCUUUUGGCAUCUUGGUAUUUUCAGAGCUCUUUCUGUGGACUUCAUGUCAAGUUAGUAUUAAAGUAGUUCGCAAUGUCAGGGAUUUCAGCAAUUUUGCGUCGGUCUUGUCGAUCUGCUGCUAGUCAGAGUCUAAUGGAGACAUAUGUUGGCCCAUGUGUAUCUUCUGGUUCUUUGAGGUGGUUCGGCAGCUGUGCUAAGCACUCAAGAAAACCUGAUGUCUCUGUUGUUUACCAGAUUAAGGCAGUGGAUCGGUAUUCCACAGUUAAUGAUGUGUCAAAGAUCAGAAGAAUGUCCCUUUCAUGUCGUUUGGACACUAAAAAGUUUAUUACUUCAAAGUCCAGAUAUAGUGCAUUGCCAGGAUUUGGAUUCUUAGGCGUUUCAAGCUUCCAUCGUGGGUACUCCUCAGACACUGGAAUCAAGCCAGAAGCUUCGCAGAGUACAAUCUCUAAUGUUCCUUCUUCAGAAAGCUCUGAGGUUGGCACUGCAGGUGGUGGUGGGGAUUCUUGGAUCGAGAUCUUGGUUAAGGCUCACAAGUCUACUGUAGAUGCUACCACUGAUGCAGGCAGGAAAGUUAAGGAGCUGUAUGAUGCAAUUACACCUCAUGUCCAACAGUUGUUUGAUACAUAUCCAAAUCUUGAGAAGGUUGUUGUUCCACUUGGCGGGACACUAUUUGGUACAAUGAUGGCAUGGUUUAUCAUGCCUAUCAUUCUAAGGAGGCUUCACAAGUAUGCAUCACAAAGUCCUAUAGCAGCACUUUUGGGUACCUCAACCAAGAAUGAUGUUUCAUAUCAAACCAGCCUCUGGUGUGCAUUAGAGGAUCCCGCGAAAUAUCUGAUCACAUUCAUGGCAUUUUCAGAGAUGGCCACACUUACUGCACCAAGCAUAUCAACUUAUCUUCCGCAGGCAUGGAGGGGUGCAUUUGUUCUCUCUUUUGUAUGGUUCCUUCAUAGGUGGAAAACCAACUUCAUUACUAAAGCUAUGAUGAGAUCAGAUGCCUCAAGUGUUGACCGUGACAAGAUAUCAGUAUUCGACAAGGUCUCUUCGUUGGGACUGAUUGGACUAGGAGUAACGGGUCUUGCUGAAGCUUGUGGUGUAGCUGUUCAAUCGAUAUUAACUGUUGGUGGUGUAGGAGGUGUCGCUACUGCUUUUGCUGCUAGAGACGUCCUUGGUAACAUUCUCAGUGGGUUCUCCUUGCAAUUUUCUAAGCCAUUCUCAGUCAAUGACUACAUAAAGGCGGGGCCAAUAGAAGGCAAGGUGGUUGAAAUAGGACUCACUUCUACUUCAUUGAUCAAUCCAGAAAAGCUCCCUGUCAUAGUACCCAACUCUCUGUUCUCCAGUCAGAUGAUAGUGAACAGAUCACGAGCUACUUGGCGAGCUAGUGUGACAAAGAUUCCUAUAAGAAUUGAGGAUAUUGAGAAAGCCCCUUCUAUAUCAGAGGAGAUAAAGGUUAUGUUAAGGUCCAAUCCGAAUGUGUCCUUUGAAAGUGAUGCUCCUUAUUGCUAUCUCUCAAGAUUGGAAAGUUCAUAUGCAGAGCUCACAGUUGGAUGCAACCUCAAAAACAUGAGAAAAGAUGAGUGGCUAUCUGCAGAACAAGAUAUUCUUUUGGGAGCUGCUAGGAUUAUCAAGUCGCAUGGCAUUGAACUGGGAAGUACCAUGCAGUGCUGUUAAUUCAUGCUUCUAGGUCUUUUAAGUAAGGUGAAUCUCGUUAGUCUGCAGAACUGAAUACCGACAGCGUGGUGCAUAGGAUUUUUGUGUACUGUACGAAGGCAAGAACGUCCGUGUUUGAUGUCUUCAGACCAUCAAGUCCGUAUCCGAAUCUUUUUUCUUACAGCCAUUUCCUUCUGAACAAAGGUGCAUGAUACUUCAUACGUUGCUGGCGAACUUCACUGCCUGCUCUGGUAUACAUUGUGUUCCUCAUGCUGUUGGUGAGCGGAUUGUUCACCCAUUUUUGUGAAAUAGUUUCGACUUCGAAUCGCGAGGUUUUUUAUAUAGCGGUACUCUGUAGUGUUCCCCGAUACUAGUACUACGCUUGAUACUAACCUAAAGUAUGCUUAGUUGAUUUGACUUCA